CGCCUCGGGAGCCUUUUCCCCCGCAGCCUGUCGGAGUGUUGUUUUGUUUGCAUGUGGCGGGUGAGUGAGGAGAAGAGGAUCGUGGGCUCGGGUCCUCGUAACAAAGAACCUGAACACUGUCUGAGUGUGUGUGAGUGAGACUGCAUGUUGUAAUGUGACCACCUUGCAUCGUUUGCACUCAAGAGAAGGGGUUUAUUUUGUCCUAGUCUGAAAGUGCCCAAUCAGAAUCUCCCACGGGCUCGGAGCGGCUCCGUUGUUCACACUUUCUGCCUGUUCGGUGUCAUUGAGCUAGUUUGAGUUUAUCUUAGCCGAGAGAAGAUGUCCACCGACUGCCAGCAGACCACUGCCAAGGCCAUCCCGUCGACCAGGAGGGUGACCGUCAACGACGCGGAGCACAUGCCCCACGACUACUCCACUACUCCCGGGGGGACCCUGUUCAGCACGACCCCCGGUGGUACCAGGAUCAUCUACGACCGAAAGUUCCUGCUGGAUCGUCGCAGCUCUCCGGUGGCCAAGACUCCUCCACGAGGUCUGCCCAAAAUUCCAGGGGUGACCAGUCCUCCCUCCAAAGACACCAGCAAUGGAGAACUACUGAACAACAACGUCACUGCAACUGACCGCAACACUGGUGACGACGCGCAGUUUGAAAUGGACAUCUAGUUGGUGCCGAAUGAGUAUUAAGAUGUCAGACCUGCCGACAUGACGCCGUGAAGAAAGGUUCUAGAGCACCUUCUCUUUUCCCAUCAUUCAUUCCAGAAAGACAGAAGCUCACUUCCAGCAUCCACAGUGUCUUAGGGUCUUCAAGUCUGUCUUGGUCAGUCUUGUUGAAACGUUUUGGCAAGAACAAAUCUGUAAUCAAGCCUUUUCUGCCUGCCUGAAGGUUUAUACCUGAUUUAAUGUGUGACAAGUGUGCCUUCCUGCAGAGGUUACAAGUCUGAAAUCAACAUUAGGAAGUACUUAUUACCAACAGAGCCUCAUCCCUCACUAGUGAGAGACAAUAAUGAAAGGUUUAAAGAUCCAAUUUUCUGAAUUUGUAAACAUUCCAAAAAAUUUGAUGUGCUUUAAUUUCCACAAAUUGCUCGACACCCUUCAGAUAUUGCCUUGAUUAUGUUCAAAUUACCGUAUAAGCUCAUGUAGGGUUGCAUGGUGCUCUUUAAGUUUGAAGAAGUACUUCACCUGAAGUGUCAUACUGAGAAUGUAAAACUGAAUUUUGUUCAUGAAAUUUUGAAACUGAUUUCCACACGGUUUGUAGAGUGACGAAAACCAUUAAAGCAAACAAGACUUA